GUCUCUUCCUCUGCCAUUACGUGCCCCUGCGUCCGUCGCGAGACCGACGCACAUACAUAAAUCUCGCAGUGAUGGCUGCGCCGCCCGACACUGAGAGUUUGGAGUCUCGUAUCAACAGAGCCACAAACCCACUGAACAGACACGAAGACUGGAGUAGCAUCCAUGCCUUCUGUGACCAGCUCAACAAUGAUUUGGAGGGACCUCAGCUGGCCACCAGGCUCCUGGCCCACAAGAUCCAGUCCCCACAGGAGUGGGAGGCCAUGCAGGCCCUGCUGGUUCUGGAGACGUGUAUGAAAAACUGUGGGAAAAGGUUUCACAGUGAAGUGGGCAAGUUCCGUUUUCUCAAUGAACUCAUCAAAGUAGUUUCUCCAAAGUACCUGGGCUCCCGGUCACCAGAGCCAGUAAAAAAGAAGGUUUUGGAGUUGAUCUUUAGCUGGACUUUGGGGUUACCCGAGGAGGCCAAGAUCUCAGAUGCCUAUCAGAUGCUGAAGAAACAAGGUAUUAUUAAACAAGACCCAGAGCUGCCACCUGACAAACUACUGAACCUUCCUCCACCCAGACCCAAGAAUGCGAUUUUUGAGGACGAGGAGAAGUCAAAAAUGUUGUCUCGCCUGUUGAAUAGCUCGCACCCUGAUGACCUAAAAGCUGCCAACAAACUCAUCAAGGAAAUGGUCCAAGAGGAUCAGAAGCGAGCAGAGAAAGUGUCAAAGCGAGUGAACACCAUUCAGGAGGUGAAGGAGAGCGUCACUCUGCUCUCUCAGCUUCUGCAGGACUACGACAGCACCACCGACAAUCAGAGCAACGCCGAACUCUUACAGGACCUGUACCAGCGCUGUGAGAAAAUGAGGCCAACACUGUUCAGACUGGCAAGUGAUACGGAGGACAACGACGAGGCUCUGGCGGAGAUCCUGCAGGCCAACGACAGCCUGACUCACAUCAUCAACCAGUACAAACAGCAGGUGAAGGGGGAAAUAGUAAACGGCAACAACACAUUAAACGCACAGAAACAAACAGGAGGAGGGACGGCACUGCUGGAUCUGUCAGGAUUGGACACGUCGCCACAGUCGCCUCCGUCCUUCCCAGAGUUUCCCACUCCAACAGACAGCCUCAACGCCCCCUCGCAGGAGAUGGGGAUCAGUCUCCUCGACGACGAGCUCAUGUCACUCGGUUUAAGUGAAGGAACACACGCUUCCAACCCUCACUCCCAGCCUGAGGACUCCACAGCCUGGGACUCCUUCCAGUCCUCUGACAGCAUAGACACAGACAUCCCAGCAGCACCCAGUCUCCUCCUGAGUCCAGACCCGCCCUCCUACUCUCAGCCCCUCUCGUCUGGCUCCACCCCCGGGAACUCGGCCCUGGACGAGCUGGAGCUGCUGGGAAAGACACUGAUGCAGCAGUCCCUGCCUCCAGAGGGCCUGCAGGUCAAAUGGGACAAGCAGCAGUGCAAACCAACUCUGAGAGAUCUCCAGAGCAAGUCUGGCCACAACAUCACCCCGAACCCCAUCCCAACCUUCGCCGCUGAACAUCCGCCACCCCUCCCCAACUCUCAGCCCAGCCCUGCAGUCACGUUGCUGGACAUGUCCCCCACUCACAAUGACACUCCUUCUGCAGAAGUCACCCUGACUGAUGUUUUUGUACCGCUAGAAUCCAUUAAGCCCAGUAGUCUGUUACCCGUGACUGUUUUUGACGGACACAGUCUGCGGGUUCUCUUUCACUUUGCUCGCGACUCGCCUCCGUCUCGUCCCGAUGUGCUGGUGGUGAUCAUCUCCAUGCUGUCAUCUGCUCCUGUCCCCGUCACGGACAUAAACUUCCACACCACGGCUCCAAAGUCUAUGGCAGUGAAGCUGCAGCCCCCAUCAGGAACAGAGCUCCCAGCUUUCAACCCCAUCCUUCCUCCUGCUGCUGUCACACAGAUCCUGCUGCUGGCCAACCCAAACAAGGAGAAAGUGCAGCUGCAGUACAGACUAACCUUCACCAUGGGAGAGCAGGAGCACAGCGAGAGCGGCAGUCUAGAACAGUUUCCCCCUCCAGAGACGUGGGGGAACCUAUAGCAUUUAAACACUACCCCCAACCUGACAGACUCUCGCUUUCAGGCUCAGCUUCCUUCCUAAACCGACUCUCCGACUCAACGAGCUGCAUACGCCCGGUUUCCUUUUUAAACACAUUGUACUUUCUUUAAUUGGCAUUAAUUAUUUUUCCUUGGAUUACGCUCAUGCUCAGUCAGUGUAACGUGUGUAUGCUUUGCUCUAAAUGAAUCAUGUGUGUCUAGGUCUAGUCUGCUGUAUGUGGCUGCUUUAAUAACCAACCUGCAACGUGCUUACCCAACUCCAUUGCAGUCUUUUCAUAUUGUUUUCUUUUCAUGUUGACAGUGCUAUGAAAAAAGAAAACUAUAUCAAAAGUGUGCAUAUUUUGCUCUUCUGGUGUGAGUUUGAAUCGGUUAUCAGUUGCGUUUACCCUCACCUCUGCAUGCUCUUUGAACAAGGGACACAAUGCUUGCGAAAUCCAGCACACCAAAAGAGAAAGGACGUAAGCAUUACAUACACACAGCUCAUCUUAGUUUGCAAAACAAAGCUAUACUUGAUCGUUUUGUGGUGUGUAUUUUAUGAUGAGUGUAUAGCACUCAAUUCCUUUCGCAAUGACCGAAGUUCACUUUAUGAUUUGCACAUGAUUUUUUGAUUGUACUGGUUUCCUGUCUUUUGUUAAGAACAUUUACUGUAACGUGUGUGUAUCAUCUGCCAUAUGUGCCUAUUUUGCAGUUCUUACAUUUAACUUGUGUGUUUGAAUGGAUUUAGUUUCUCAUCUGUUACACAUCAGUCAUAUUGUCUGCAGUUUGUCUGAGAUACAAAUCAGCUACAUUGUAACCUUAAAUUCUUAAUAUAUUCAAAGCAUUUUCAGUAGGGUAUAAGUUACAUUCUGACUAAUCUUUUCUUUAGCUUGUGAUUUAAGUUAAUAUUUCAGCAUUUAUUGGGUAAAACUGAAACAUCAUGCAAACUGAGAUGAACCCAGGUGCUCUUAGCACAGUUUGUCUCAAAACAUGUUUAACUCGUUUCUAGUCUGCGAUGCAUGUCAGCCACGCUGAACACUUUCUUCCCCCCCCCCACCCCACAGGCUCUCAAUCACAUUCCGCUGCACUAAUCUCCAAUACGACUGCUUUGUAAAUACCAAUGAUGGCAGUCCUGUUAUGUACAUUUGACUUGUGCAAGAGCAUAACACUGGUAAACUACUCCAAAUGGGUAAUAAAGUUUUUUUUUUUUUUUUCUUGGUGA